UGACAAUUUGGUUUGUAAGGUUUCAAGUGUUGGUUGGGUUUCUACGCCUUUCUUCCCACACCCUCAUUACUACCACACCUUCAGCCUAGACGCCAACUUACUAACGGCUUAAGGCUAAGGAAGUAUGGGUGACUGCAAGCAUGGCUGUGAGCGUCAAUCACUGAGUAGUCACUCGACCUUUGGAUUACCACCUAUAAAGUCAGAAAGCUCUCUGCUUGAUGAUAACAUGGGUGCAGAAAGAAUUGCAAAGUCGUUCUCACCACCAAAAAACAGACUCGCUCCGCUCCUCGGAAAAAAGUUGUUCAUGCAUUACGAAUCAGGCACAGCUCGUGAUAAACAGAUGGAACAAGUUCUGAAGAAGCUUAAAGGAGAAAUAGUUGAAUUUUUUAGUCGAGAUGUUGAUUAUGUUAUAACUAAUCGGGCAGCAUCUCGAUUGACAUCGCCUGUCAUUGAUGAAUCACCUGUCACACUGUCAAAGCAAUCCGCUUCACUCCAAAAUCAGUUCUCAUCUAUUUCAAAAACACCGAGUAGUCUUAAAGUUCCUAUGCUAUCGGGAAGUAAACCUGUUAACAACCCGGUAACACGGGGUAGAGCUAUGUUACUCGCUGCGCGCAAAAUCGCUACUGAAGAUUCGAAUCCUACACCUUCAGGUCUUACAGCUUCAUCAGUAUUAAGUCAAGCUCAAACAUCCAGUGAUGUAUCUAUUGCACCCACACAAUCUUCUCAGUCAUCAUCUAUAUCUUGUGUAUUGGGAUCUAGUCAGAAAUCAAAUUCAAAUAAUGACUUGUUAUUCAAAGCUCGUCAGUUAGGUAUUAAAAUUCUCUCCUUUGAUACUGUAACAAAAUGGAUAAAAAAUCUUCCAUCAGAUGUUCAAUCAUAUAUUCAGUCUAUCCAACGAACAGAUCAUAAUGAUCAUUUUGAUAAUGAUCCAGAGCGUGAUCGAAUUCAUGAAGUUCGAAAUCUAGUGGCACCAUGUAUCAAAGUGAUUGAUGUAGAAAAUCAUUACAGACCUAUUUAUUUAGAUAAAACAGACUAUUUACCGGAUUUGUGGAAUCUAACCAAUCGUUACAAAUCUAAAUCUAAAUCCUUCACUGAAGCAGGCGUACAAGAUACUCCGUCAUCCCCAAACCCGGUGACUACGGCUACUACUACUGCUAUUAUUACUAAUACUACUACCACUACUACUACUGCUACUGCCAAUGGUCCAUGUAGUGGUAGUGUCCCAGGAGCAAGUGUUGGUUUCACUCUACAAAAUCCAAGUCAUUGUAUUCCUGGCACAGGUACUCAGUCAAUUUUAACGCGUAGAGAUAGUCGAAAUAAACGUAAACAUCGUCUUCAGAAACAUAAUACUGCUACACAAUUACAACGUACCGCUUCUUUAGCUGCUAAAGGAGUGGAAAUUCAUCCUAAACCACCUUCUUCAACUACUGCUGCUAUCAAUGAUGAACCAUCUGGCUAUUGUGAAUGUUGUUCUAUGAAUUUUAAAAGUUUGUUUGAGCAUUUACAUUGUACAGAUCAUCAACAAUUUGCUAAUAACUCGGAAAAUUAUCGUCUACUUGAUGAUGUAUUGAAUAAGUUACCGACAUUGAAUGAAUUUCUAGGAAAAAUCAAAACUACACUGCCAACCCUAACCCAACCACUUCCACCUUCAUAUUUAAAUCCAAUUGCAAUUAGUCCUUGUGAUUCUGCUCAGCAUAAAACAGAUUAUCUAUUAGAUAAUACUACUCAAUGUAAACCAAUAGAAAAAGAGAAUAUACCACCUUCUAUAAUACAAACAAAUAUGAAUGAAAUUAUCAAUGAACCAAUUGUUCUCUCACAUAAAUCACAACCCACUCUAACUGAUUAUAAAAAUAUUUCCAAAGAAAUAAUCAAUGUUCCUCCAACAUUAAAUUUUUCUGAAUCACCUAAACAUUCAAUUAAUCAAUUUACAGAAGAUGGUUCAGAUAUAUUCAGUAAUACUGAUUUAGAUGUUUGUGAAAUUACAAAAACUCUCACUGUACAUAAUGAUAUAGAACAAAUAACUAAAUUAGAUCAAGAUGAAGCUGCAUUUCUGUUUCUCCUCUAAUUUACUGAAGAAAGAGAGAGUGAAAAUGUAACGCGACAACAUUAGGCGUGAAAAAAAUACACACACCGACCUUCAUUAUUACUUCAGAUUAACUAUAUAUUUUUUUUUACAAACUUUUUUUGAAAAUUUUCAACUAUAAGUGCUUUCACAUCAUAAUGUCAAAAAAUUACCCAGAAUUAAAUUCUCCUUAGAUGAAAUAUAUAUCAGUAAAAUAAUUGUAUGUAGUUGUAUAUAUAUAUAUAUA